AUGGAUCACCACCACCAUCAACAACAACAUCAUGAUCACUAUGAUGGAGGAGAGAACGACUAUAUGCAUCAGGAAGAUGACUGGGACCGGGAUAUGCUGCUUGACCCCGCCUGGGAGAAACAACAGCGAAAGUUUACAGCACUCUACGCGCUCUGUCUUUUCACUCUGACGCUCACCUGCACGAACUUUGACCUGGUGACUGCAGCCAGGCACGCGGUACACUGGAACAGUUCAAACAUACUACUUCGUAAGGAGGGCUACACAGUGCAGGUGAAUGUCAAUGACUACCUGGAUAUCUACUGUCCUCACUACAACAGCAGUCAGAGAGGCGUUGCCGAGCAGUACGUGCUCUACAUGGUCAGUUAUCGUGGUUACCGUACAUGCGACCCACAGCUGGGCUUCAAACGCUGGGAGUGUAACCGUCCCCACGCCCCACACGCACCAAUCAAAUUCUCAGAAAAGUUCCAGCGCUACAGCGCCUUCUCGCUCGGAUACGAGUUCCAUGUUGGGCAGGAGUAUUAUUAUAUCUCCACGCCCACUCAUCACCAUGGCCGGAGCUGCCUGAGAUUAAGAGUGUAUGUCUGCUGCUCAACAGCCUCUGAUUCAGAUGAUGAGCCCCAACCCACAGAGCCAGACUACACUCUAAGACCUAACAUCAAAAUCGAUGACCUCGAUGUCUAUGAUAAUCCAGAGGUCCCCAAAUUGGAGAAGAGCAUCAGCGGUAGCAGUCCAUCCAGAGAUCGCCUUCUCCUAACUGUGGCAUCACUUUUCCUUAUCGCCCUUUCAGUCUCCUAGCAUCCACCUCCUAACCGUCG